AUGGCCCGGUGGCGGCAGGAGUCCACAUAUAGGGCGGCGGCGAGGGGGCGGGAGGCGCGGUUACUCGAGGCCCACGCGGGCCGCCAACGCCCGGGGUUCAGGAUCCGCACCCCCGGGGGGCGGUCCGGAGGCCGGAGCCCCCGCCCCUCCCUGGCCCGCCCCGCCCCCGCUGCUCUGCGCACGAGCGACCCCGGGCUGUCCGCGCAGCUGCCUGAGGCCGCGCGGGAAACCCGGGCGUCCGCGCCCUUGAGGUUGUUCUCUGGGGCCAUUGUCCCACGCAGGGCUGGGCUGUCAGCGGUUCCCUUCUUUCCUUGUUUUCCGGGAGCGCGGGUCGCGGAGCUCUUGGCGCACUUCAAGGUUCCUGCAGACCCGGAGAGGCGCAGGCGCGGCUCGCGGGGGCCUCAGCUCAGCCCGGAACAGCAGCAGCGGGCCGGCGGCGCGGAGGACGGCGCCGAGGGCGGCGGGAAGCGCAAUGAGGCGGGCUGGGAAGGCGGGUACCCGGAGAUCAUCAAGGAGAACAAACUCUUCGAGCACUACUACCAGGAGCUCAAGAUCGUGCCCGAGGGCGAGUGGGACCAGUUCAUGGGAGCGCUUCGGGAGCCCCUCCCGGCCACGUUGAGAAUUACUGGUUAUAAAAGCCACGCAAAAGAGAUUCUCCAUUGCUUAAAGAACAAGUAUUUCAAGGAAUUGGAGGACCUGGAGGUGGAUGGUCAGAAAGUUGAAGUUCCACAGCCCCUGAGUUGGUAUCCUGAAGAACUUGCCUGGCACACAAAUUUAAGUCGAAAAAUCUUGAGAAAGUCUCCACAACUGGAAAAGUUUCACCAGUUUCUAGUUAGCGAAACUGAAUCUGGAAAUAUCAGCCGUCAAGAAGCUGUUAGCAUGAUUCCACCACUGUUGCUGAAUGCCCAGCCUCACCAUAAGAUCUUAGACAUGUGUGCUGCACCUGGAUCAAAGACCGCACAGUUAAUUGAGAUGCUGCAUGCCGACAUGAAUGUCCCUUUCCCAGAGGGAUUUGUCAUCGCUAAUGAUGUGGACAACAAGCGCUGCUAUCUGCUUGUUCAUCAAGCCAAAAGGUUGAGCAGUCCCUGCAUCAUGGUGGUCAACCACGAUGCGUCCAGCAUACCUAGACUCCAAAUAGACGUGAACGGAAGGAAAGAGGUUCUCUUCUAUGAUCGCAUUUUGUGUGAUGUCCCUUGCAGUGGAGAUGGCACUAUGAGAAAAAACAUUGAUGUUUGGAAAAAGUGGACCACCUUAAAUAGCUUGCAGCUGCAUGGCUUACAGCUGCGGAUUGCCACGAGAGGUGCAGAACAGCUGGUGGACGGCGGUAGGAUGGUGUAUUCCACGUGUUCACUAAACCCUAUUGAAGAUGAGGCAGUCAUAGCUGCUUUACUGGAAAAGAGUGAAGGUGCUUUGGAGCUUGCUGACGUGUCUUCGGAGUUGCCGGGACUGAAGUGGAUGCCUGGAAUCACGCAGUGGAAGGUAAUGACGAAAGAUGGACAGUGGUUUGCAGAGUGGGAUGAGGUUCCUCACAGCAGACACACCCAGAUUCGACCUACCAUGUUCCCACCAAAGGACCCAGAAAAGUUGCAGGCGAUGCACCUAGAGCGGUGCCUUAGAAUAUUACCACAUCAUCAAAAUACUGGAGGGUUCUUUGUGGCAGUAUUAGUGAAAAAAUGUUCAAUGCCAUGGAAUAAACGUCCACCAAAGCUGCAGGGUGACUCUGCGGAGCCGAGACAACCUGUGCAGGUGAACCCUGCCGAUCCUACCACAGGAAAAGCUGCAGACCCCUCCAAGCUUGAAAGUAAACCGGUCACAGGAAUUGGCGACACAGACAUAAUUGAAAGAACUGAGAAUUUAGAGAAUAAUGGAAAUAGGAAAGAUGGUGUGUGUGGUCCUCCUCCAUCUAAAAAAAUGAAGUUAUUUGGAUUUAAAGAAGAUCCGUUUGUAUUUAUUCCUGAAGAUGACCCAUUAUUUCCACCUAUCCAGAAAUUUUAUGCUUUGGACCCUUCGUUCCCAAAGAUGAAUUUGUUAACUCGGACUACAGAAGGGAAGAAAAGGCAGCUCUACAUGGUUUCUAAGGAGCUGAGGAAUGUGCUGCUGAAUAACAGUGAGAGGAUGAAGGUUAUUAACACAGGGAUAAAAGUCUGGUGUCGAAAUAACAGUGGUGAAGAGUUUGAUUGUGCUUUCCGGUUAGCCCAGGAGGGAAUAUAUACAUUGUAUCCAUUUAUUAAUUCAAGAAUUAUCACUGUAACGCUAGAAGAUGUUAAAAUUCUGUUAACCCAGGAAAACCCAUUUUUUAGAAAACUUAGCAGUGAGACAUACAGCCAAGCCAAGGACUUGGCCAAGGGGAGCGUCGUCCUGAAGUACGAGCCAGACCCCAUGAAACCAGAGACCCUCCAGUGUCCCAUUGUGUUAUGCGGAUGGCGGGGGAAGGCAUCAAUUCGAACUUUCGUGCCCAAGAACGAACGGCUUCAUUACCUCAGGAUGAUGGGGCUAGAGGUGUCGACAGAAAAGAAGAAAGAAGGGACCGUUCUCAUGGAGGAGAGUGCAGCCAGCUCUGGGCCGCCGGAGGAUGAGGUGAGUGCGGAAGAGGGAGCAGAGCGGGCUGCCAGCCCAGACGCCACCCCCGGCAGUGACCCCGCAGGGGCCGCCCCACGCCGGUGAGGAGACCCUCAGGCG